ACGUAAUGGCUCUCUUGCAGCUGGAAGAAUGGUGGUUCACGAUACAGUUCAUUGUCGGUUGUUUAGACUACUCAAAUGCUGCGCUUAAUCCAUUGAUAUUCGCUGGGUUCACCCGGAAUUUCAAGCAAGGUCACAAGACACUGUUGAAAGCAGAAUGGCCACACCUAGUAGCUACACACUGUCUAGCUCACAGACUCGAACUGGCAUUCAAAGAUGCCGUAAAACUGACAAACAUAAACAUGUUUGUGAAAAGAGUAUGACUCUACUAAUUGGACUGUAUUAUUUGUACCACAAGUCCCCUAAACAGAAGAAAGCGCUUCAGAGAGCGUUCGUCAUGAUGGACUUCAAGGCAUCUAUAAUGCCUACACGCAUCGGUGGGACCAGAUGGUUGCCACACUUGGACCGUUCACUGUCAGCCUUCUUUAAAGGCUACAGAGCGCUAGUGUACAAGCUACAGACGUCAUCCCAUGACAAUGCCAAGGCAGAGGGGUUUGCCAAGCUGGCUACAGAUGGCUUUUUGAUCCUUUACUUGCUACAGCUCAAGGCCGUGGUUUCAAUGUUGAUGAGACUGUCAAAGUAUCUACAGAAGCAGGAGGUUUCCUUGGCUGAGGCUUACUCUAGGGUAGCUGUAACCAUGAAAGGCCUUGUGACCUUGAAGUCGGAGUCAGAGUGUUUAGCUGAAGUUGAGCAAGUCCUCUCUGACAAAGCUUAUGAUGGCAUUGAGUUUACAUUUAGGGGUCAGAGACCACAACCUGUGCUGGAAAAAAUUGUUGACUCUGUCCUAGGCAAAAUUGAGGAACGCUUUCAGCAGAAGGACCCAGUCAUUGAGGCUACCAAAAUAACUGGACUGAACAAUUGGCCUUAUGACCAAUCAAUGAAACAGUAUGGAAAUGGUGAGGUCAAAAUUUUGUGUGGCCACUUCAGAGAUGUCCUCAAGUUUGACAGUGAGAAAAUUGUUCUGGAGGAGUGGAAACUUCUGCGAGACCAUGGGUAUGAAAAGUAUCCAGACUCCCUAGAAGGCGUGAAAUGGCCAGACAUAUUCCGUCUGAUGCAUGGACGGGAUGUUGAUUUGGCACUAAAGCUUGUGGAACUGGUGCUGGCGCCGCCACCGACUUCUGUUAAAAAUGAGACAUCAUUCAGUGCAAUGAAGCUUAUCAAGCAUAAGAGAAGGGGAAAGAUGAGCACUGAUACAUUAAAUGAUUUGGUCGCCAUCCACCUUGAUGCCCCCAGCAUUGCCCAAUUCAACCCAGAUGAUGCCAUAAUGGAGUGGAUGCACUGGUAGACGUUUGGGGUAUUCUCAAAAGAGGAAGGUACCAGAGGAUGAGUCAGAGGUCACAGACAUGACAGCACCAGGUCCAUCAACCACAUCAACCAGUGAUGAAGGAGAAGCUACUUCUGAUAUGGAUUCUGACGAAGAGGAUAUCCAGGAUUGCAGUAGUGAAGAUGAGAUGAAUGAAGAAGUCGUUAAUCACAUGUUAAAG